GACCCCACUGAUCCUAAACAGAAUCCGUUGAACCCCCAAGGGCUGAAACCAUGUUGCGCAUGCCCUGAAACUAAAUCUGUUCGGGAUGACUGCUUUUUAAAGUACGACUCAUCUGAGGCGGACGAGAAGUGCCGGGAACUCGUACAGAGACAUAUCGCCUGCAUGCGAGGCUACGGGUUCAAGAUCUGA